AUAAAUGAUUAAAAAUGUACCGGUACCGUAAUAAAAAGAAGAAUUGUUUGCCACACCAUUUUAAUUAAAAUUUAACUGAUUAAAAUUGGUGUCAAAUGCCAAAUUGCUGAAUUGCCCAACAAAAGUUGAGUGAAUGAAGAGGUGGGCUAAACCGCUUCAUUCACCAAUGAAAUGCCAAAAUAUUGCCAAAUUGUAGUCCAGAUUAGGCUACAUCAAUUACAACAUUGCAGCAAUUAACCAUCGUUAUGAAAUUACAGAAUUAACGUUUUGUUGUUGUGUUCUCACAUCUGGACAUUGUUGACCAGUUAAUGCAGUGACAAUAUGAUCAAUAUUAUUUAGAUUUUGAUAUACGGUAACAUUCAAUCACAUUAGUUCAAUAUGGAAUCAAUGUUUCUUGUGAAGGAUUCUUCAAUUGUUGAAGAGAGAACUUUUUCAAAAGAAGAAAGUUUGCAAUCACUACCACUUCCCCAGCUGUAUGAAACACUGAAUAGAUAUUUAGACUCUUGCAAAGCAGUACUGACUGAGGAAGAGUUUGAUAGAACAAAACAAAUUGUGGAAAAAUUUCAACAGAAUGAAGGACCAAAACUUCAAGAAAUUCUCUCACAAAAAGCCAGUGUGGAGAAAAAUUGGCUUGAAGACUGGUGGCUAAAUGGCUAUUUAGAUUAUCGAGGACCACUUGGUGUCUUGAAUUUUGGAGCUUCUGCAACUUUGGAUUUUCUUCCCUCUGUUGAGAACUCGCAGCUCCACCGUGGUGCAAUGAUGCUUCAUUCCAUCAUGAACUUUUGGAAGCAUUUACGAAAUGAGACUGUCCAACAACUAAAGGAUAGAAAAGGAAACACACUUUCAAUGAACCAGUUCAGGUACAUUUUCAACACUUCAAGGAUAGCUUUGAAAGGUCGGGACAAGCUUGCUAAUUAUUUCAAAACUAAGUCUGAAGGAGAUUGCCCUUCUCAUAUCAUUAUUUUUCAUCACCAACAUGCCUAUAAACUGAAAACAAUUUCAGAAAAUGGUGAGAUCUAUACUCCUGGCCAAAUAUACAAAUUAUUUUUGGCCAUCAAAGAACAAAGUGGUGCUAAAGAGGGUGACGGUGUAUCUGCUAUGUCUGAGCUUGACAGAGAUUCAUGGGCUGAAGCCAGAGAAUAUUUAAGCCAACUUUCUCCAAGAAAUGCAAAAACUUUAGAAGAUAUUGAAAGUGCUAUCAUGACUAUCGCUUUGGUGGAUGAUAAAGUAAAGGAUGAUUCAGCCUUAAUGACCUUGGGCACCACAAAAGUAGCGGGUAAUCGAUGGGCUGACAAGUAUUUUAUGGCAAUUAGUUCAGAUGGUAGAUUCACAUGCAGUACUGAUCAUACUCCUUCCGAAGGAAUGACAUUCGUUACUCUCAUGAUGUAUAAUGAAGUCCUUCUUAGGGAAAGAUGGAAUAACGGACAGUGGGAAGAAAGUUGGAAUAAUGAAAGUCUACCUUUCAAUUCUAUCACCAAGCUAGAGUUUGAUUUGGAUGAAAAACUUCACAACUGGAUAGAGAAAGGAAGAAAAACAUUGGAAAAUUUCGGAAAAGAAUCAACAUUCCAUAUUUUUGAUUUCAAUGAUUUUGGAAAGGAUGAACUCAAGCAAUUACGUAUUCAUCCAUGUGCUUUUAAUCAAAUGUGUUUCCAACUGGCAUACAUUAGAAAACAUAGAAAACCUGGACCAACUUAUGAAACUGCAUCAACUAGAUCAUUCUAUCAUGGUCGAACUGAAACACUGAGGUCUUGCACACCAGAGGUUGUUGAGUUUUGUAACGCAGUUAUCAAUGAUUUGCCAAACAAGCAGAAGCUCCUAAUGAAAGCCUGUGAAAAAUAUAUGAAGUUAAUGUCAGAAUGUUCAGCUGGGCGAGGUGUUGAUCGUCAUAUGCUUGGAUUAGCUGCAAUAGCAAUGGAAAAAGGUACUCAACUUCCAGAGAUAUUCACAGACUCUGCAUUUAAGAAAAGUGGAGGAAAUAAUAACUUUGUGUUAUCUACUAGUCUAGCUGGAUACAGCGGUAAUAUGGGAGCCACUGUUCCUAUGGUAUCACACGGAUAUGGAAUAUUUUUCCGAGUACUGGACCACAGUAUGCAUUAUGCAGUAACAACAUACAAUCCUACUCCUGAUGUAUGUGCUUCAGAUAUGGAAACCUAUUUGAGAAAAGCAUUCCAAGAUGUUUGCAAUAUUGCUAAGGGACUUUCUUGUAAGUUGUAACGAAUACUUACAUAUUCAACAAACUAGAGUUAUUAAUAAUAAAUCAGCCUUUUUUACUAAUCCAACUUUUUUACUAAUCGUGACUUUUGAGUUUUUGCAGAAUCCAGUGUAAUUAGUUAAUAAAUACCCUUUUUACGUAUUCAAUUAUAUAUAUAUUACUUCAGUAACCAUUAUACUCUCAACCACAGUGUUAAGUAAUACCCUAAAUGCGGUUAUGAGAUUCAAAAUUCUUGUAUCGAACUCAUCAACAACCGGUUCUCUUAUUUCAAUAAACCUGCCGAACUUAUAGCUCUAUGAAUGUAUGUCUUAUUAGCUAAUGCAUGUUAUUAUGUAAGAUGCAUUAACAUGUCAAGCUUCAAAUAAAUCUAUUACAUUUCGAGACAACAUUCCUAAGUUAGUGCGAAUUUCCAAAAUCCCAUCACUGCGUAAAUGCAAUUGUAAUAGAUUUGUCUAUGUUGAAGGAAAUACUUCGAAUAUUGAUUUCAUACAUCAGAGUAAUUGUAAAAAAGAUAAUAUUUGGGAUAUGGUUUAGCCUGAAGAGAGGAAAGUUGAUAAGACGGCUUAAUCAUAUGGGAACCAAGGCCUUUCGUCUGUUUACCAGUUCAGGCCGGGUAUGGAAUUAGUUAGCCAGUUAUUUGUUUUCUAUUGCAUGGACUUAAGUAGACGAAGCAGUAACCAACCAGCGCUUACGUGAACCAGCCUACGGUUACGAGGAGUCCAGCGAUCCUCUCGCACAUAAUUAACCUCGCAUGGGAUUCAAACUUUUGGUAUUCAGAGGUGCCGUGACUAGGUCGUUUCUAACGCUUAGCACGAUGCGCCACACCGCUGAGUCAAGUGUUAAUAACAUUAAUACUGCUUAUUUUUGCCUUAGUAUGAAAAUUUGAAUAGUUGCCAAAUACUAUAAUUUUUCAAUUCACUUCUUUGUUACAUUUUUUUUGUAUUAUGUAAAAAUUUAUGUAUUUAUGUUAAGAAGAUUCUCUAAAGCUAUAUACCGACAACAGUUAUAUUUGUUUCUAUUCCUUCAUUUGGUUUAGGAAAGACUUUCCUCUUGAAAGAUCCCAUGGCAUCGGUAUUUAUGGAUUAUUUAGUGCAAUUUCUAAUUUUAAUACUCCGUGUUACUGCUUUGUUCAAUUGUCGUAGUAGUAGUAUGCAUUGUUUCCAAUCGCAAAAAAGAAUUUUUUUUGUUUUUUAAUUCUCAUUGCUUGCUGUGUAAUAGAUAAACUGAUCUCUAAUAUAUAAAUCAUAUUUUUGCUAAUGAUUUUAAUGAUGCUGAUUCUUUAGGAUUAAAUUAUAAUUUUGUAUCGAGUAAUUCAG